GCUGCCGAAGGCAGCCCUGGAGGAGGACCUUCCACGGGCAGUGGCAGCAACUCCCGCCAAAAGCCCUGCCCUGGACAGCCCUGCUCAUUCUUGGGGACUCGUGGCUGUGGAUUCCUUUGACUGACCCCCCUCACGUUUAGUCAUCCUCUGCCUUACUUCAGGCACAUCGUGAGUAGGAAAGACUCGCUGGGAAAGACAGUCAUGCUAGGGAAAGUCAAGGCAUGUUCCUUUUACCUUUUCAUUUACACCACCUUGACUCGCCACCUCCACUUUCUAGAGACUUUUCAGCAACUCCCAAACAAUGGCUAGUGUGGAAAACCCUAAGCUGGGUUCUUGCCUUGUCAGGCGAAGGUUGCUUAGUAACACAAGGGAUCCAGACAGAGCUGCCAUUGUUCCCAGGGCUUAUCUUCCCUUGGGUAAGCCCCUCAAAAGCACCAAGGAGCCCUCUCCUCCCAUGGUAGUCAUCUUGGCAGGGAGCAGAGAGGAGCGGGAUCAGCUGAGAGCUGGCUCGCUUAUUGGUGCUUUGGUGGGUCACUGGGUGGGAGAGCAAAGAUGAGAAAGCUGGCCAUGCACUGACCCCAUCCACUCCACUCUCGGCUCCCAUCCCCUGGCAUGCAGUCAGCAUCCGGGCACAGGGCUCGGGACUCAGGGCAGGAUGGAUGAUCACCAGGUAACAGCCUCCUCCCAGUUCUGGCUUCGACUGAGUUAUCUAGCAAUAGGAAUGGGGGCCCAUAACAAAUAGCAGCUAAUGUGCAUGUCUCCCUGAGCGACUAUGACAAAUGGACCCUUGAAAAGGCUCUUUGUGGGAAGCGCCAAAUGCUCUGCUUGCUGGUGGGUGGUGGAGAGUCUGCCCGUAGAGCCCGGGGCCACUGUGGGUUGGCGUGGUGUGGAGUGCUCUCCUCCAGCAGUAGCCCUCCUAGCUCUGUGCAGUGCGGCAUCGCCCUGCUCUGUGCGGCGGGGAGGAGAAGCGACCUGCCCGUUUCUGAGGAUGGAGCAACAGCCACUGCUGAGAGCUGCAGAGCACCCCAGAAAGCUGCCCACCUGGACACUCUUCUUCGCUGUAUGUGCUGCUGGCAUCGGGGGGACCUUUCAGUACGGGUACAACGUUUCCAUCAUCAGUGCUCCCACAGAGCACAUCCACAAGUUCCUGAAUGAAACUUGGCAGAGCCGCUACCAGGCCGAGCUCAGUCCCAGCAUGCUGACCCUCCUCUGGUCAACCAUCGCCUCAGUUUUUUCUCUGGGAGGGCUGCUUGGGGCGCACAUCGGAGGCAGCCUGGCCAUCUCGCUGGGAAGGAAAGCAGCGCUUCUGAUGAACAAUUUCGUUGCCCUUCUGGCUGCGGUCCUGAUGGGAACCAGCUUCUCCACGGGGCUCUACGAGCUGCUGAUCAUUGGGAGAUUUCUGAUUGGGGUAAACACAGGCAUCGGCCUCUGUGUGCAGCCCCUCUACAUCGGGGAGGCCGCCCCCAAGCGGUUGCGAGGGGCUAUGGCCAUGGGCAGCUCCAUCUUCUUGACAGUGGGCAUCCUGGCCGGACAAGUGGUGGGCUUAAGGGAGUUGCUCGGCAGACCAACCUACUGGCAUUUCCUGCUCUCAAGCUGUUGCAUCCCAGCCUUCGCCCAGCUCUUCACCCUCCCCUGGUUUCCGGAAAGCCCCCGCUUCCUUUUGCUUGACAGAGGGGAUGAGCUAAAGUGCAUCAAAGCACUGAAGCGCUUCCAUGGCCCUUUGCACUAUCAGAUGGAGCUGGAGGACAUCCAGAAGGAGCACUUUGCCCUCCAUGGAGAGAAGGCCAGAAAGCUGUGGGAACUUUUCAGGGACCGAAGCAUCCGAUGGCAGCUCAUCACCAUCAUCCUCAUGACGAUGGGCCAGCAGUUCAGUGGGAUCAAUGCGAUUUACUUCUAUGCAGGUUACGUGUUUGAGGAGACUGGGAUUCCCCAGGACAAGAUUCCCUAUGUGACGCUGGGCACGGGGGCGUGCGAGUGCCUCACUGCGCUCACCUGUGGCCUGCUGAUCGAGUCCAUGGGCAGGAGAGUCCUCAUCCUGGGCGGCUACUCCCUCAUGGCUCUGUGGUGCGUAGUGCUGACCUUCUCGCUGACGUACCAGCAGUACUCGUGGGUGCCGUACCUGAGCAUGGCCUGCAUAUUUGCCUUCAUCCUGAGCUUUGGCCUUGGACCAGGUGGAGUGACGAACAUUUUGACUGCCGAAUUGUUCACGCAGCCUUCGCGACCUGCCGCGUACAUGAUAGCCGGAUCAAUGAGCUGGCUGAGCUUCUUCACCAUUGGGAUGCUUUUCCCCUUCAUCGUGAGAGGCCUCAAGCAGUACUGCUUCAUUGUGUUUAUGCUCGAAUGCUGCUUGAUCGCAACCUUCCUCUUUUUUAUUAUCCCGGAAACAAAGAACAAAACUUUCCUGGAAAUUAAGAGAGAAUUUCACCAGCUCAACUUCCUCAAAGCCAAGGAGCAAGAUGGAGAACUGUGUGAGAGAAACCACCUGAGCAAUGAGUUGUAAGGGGCAAGACGGGUUGGUGGGACUCAUCCUGGCCACAGAAUGCGCAUGCUCAGUGGCCUCUGUGAGCCAGCCAAGGUGAGCAGGCGGGGCGGGGGGGGCUCCCACCAGUCCUGCUCCCGUCAGCCUUGCCACUCUUGCUGCCCGCCAAGCGCGUUGUAGACGAGGCCCAUUUCCCUCUUGAACCCAUUUUAUAACCCAGAGAGCAAGAAUUCAGUUCAAUAAAAUCAGCCGUUGUGCAAACUGA